AAGGCCCCGCCCCCCCGUCUCAACUGACCGUGCAGGAGCAACUUAUGCGUGGGAACAAAACUUCGUACAUUUCGCUGAAUUAAUAAGAUUUAUAUGACAUAACGUAUCAUAAACACAUCUCAUUUUCACUCACUGCAUAUUAAUGCGCACACAAUGACGCGAGAGGAGGACCUGUUGCGGAUUGCUAAAAAACUAGACAAGAUGGUGUCUAGAAAUAACAUGGACGGAGCUCUAGAUCUUCUGAGAGAAUUGAAAAAUUUCAACAUGACACUGAAGCUUCUUCAGGAUACAAGAAUUGGCAUGUCUGUCAACGGAAUAAGAAAACAUUGCACAGAUGAGGAUGUUGUCAACUUGGCAAAGAUUCUUAUCAAAAACUGGAAGAAGCUUUUAGAAUCAGCUCAAAACCAAAAGUCUGAGAAGACAAAUGAGAAUGGCAGUCAUCCAAGCAAGCCAUCAGGGUCACCCAACAGGACUUCUCCUGAGAGAGACUCCAGUCCACGAAGGUUGACAACGGAAAUUAAACCAGACUUAGACUUCAACAAGAAACCCGAUGAAAAACACAGAAGAGAGAAACGAGAUGCAGAGCUCAGGAACAAAAAACAAGAAAGUGACCAGAAAAAAGAGAAACAAUCUAUUAACAAUAAAAAGGAGCUAGAGAGGAAAGACGCAUUGAACAGUGAUCAUCUUCCCUCCCAAAAGACGCAUUCGUCUCCGCCCCCUAAGUGUCCUCUUCCAUCUGGGGAAGUGAAGAGGGAGAGCACAACAAAAUGUCCAACAAGGAAAGAUGCUCCCGUUGAUUUUUUCCCUCCUGCUUCGAUCAUUUAUCACCAUCCUCUAAGACGCUCAUCAGUAGAUGUAAAGAAAGAGAGAAAAGACACUCUGGGUUCUUUACAGUCUCUUCCUCUUCAGUCUCAUCCCCCUAAGCGUCCCUUCAUAGAUGGAAAGAAAGAAAGGAAAGACGCACAUGAACUUCUUUUUCCUCUUCAUCAUCACCCUCAUCCUCCACUUCCUCCUCCUCCUAUUCCUAUCCCUAAGCGCUCAUCAGAAGUGAAGAAAGAAAGGAAAGAUCCUUCUGAAACUUUACCUCCUCCUGCUCCUGUCCUUUCUCUUCCUCCUCCUCCCAAACGUCCAUCACUAGAGGAGCCCAAAGAAAGGGCAAAGAAAGAAAUUGAUCCGAAUGCCCCUCUUCCUCCUUUACCUUUUCAUCUACAUCCUCCUCAGAAACGAGAGAUGAAGAAAGAAAGAAAAGAAACAGCGGCUCCCAGUGCUCCUCUCCCUCCUGUUCCUCUUCAUCUUCAACCUCCUACACCUACAAAACGUCCCUCAUUAGACACAAAUAAAGACAAAGAGAAAGAAAGAAAAGACACAUCAGACCCGAAGCGACGGACGUCUGAACACAAUGAGAAAGAUAGAAAAGACACAAGACACAGUAAACCACUCAAAAGACCAUCAAUGAAGCUCAAGAUUGAGAGAAAGGACUUCACCGAUUCCAAAAAGCUCCAUCCUAGAAAGCUGAGCAUAGAAGGACGGAGAGAAAGUAAGGACUCUACCGACUCCAAGUCAAGCCAUCACCUUUUAAAACGACAAUCAAGUGAAACUAAAUUGGAGAGGAGAGAUUCUACUAGCUCAAGGUAUGGCAACUCACCUCAGGCCAAGAAAUAUAGGGAAUGCAAGAGUAAACCAGAGACCCCAAAGACGCCUACAACACCCACAAGCCCCCUCUCUCCGUCGCUUAGCUCCAGUGUGGGUCCUUUAUCUCCUCGUCUGCAAACCGGGGAUUCCAUCAGGGACAAAUGCAUUGAAAUGCUGACUGCUGCCCUACGUACAGAUGAUGACUUUAAAGACUAUGGGGCAAACUGUGAGGGCAUGGCAGCGGAAAUAGAGGAUCAUAUCUACCAGGAGAUAAAAGCCACAGACAUGAAAUACAAGAACAGAGUCCGCAGCCGCAUAAGUAACCUGAAGGAUCCUAAAAAUCCCAAUCUGCGUAAAAAUGUCUUAGCUGGAGCCAUCGAGUUGAGCCGCAUCGCCACCAUGACUGCUGAGGAAAUGGCUAGUGAUGAACUGAAACAGUUAAGGAACGUGUUGACCCAGGAGGCCAUUCGAGAACAUCAGAUGGCAAAGACUGGAGGAACCACAACUGACCUGCUGCAGUGUGGCAAGUGCAGGAAGAAAAACUGCACCUACAACCAGGUGCAAACCCGGAGUGCUGAUGAACCAAUGACCACAUUUGUGUUGUGCAAUGAAUGUGGUAAUCGCUGGAAGUUCUGUUAACUUGAAGGAGCCAGAAGUCCAACAACAUUGACCAUGUAGCAGUGGCGAGGCCAGAAAUUUUAAAGUGAGCGGACCUUGGUGAAAUAGGGUGGACCAAUGCCUACUCUCAAAUAACAUCAAUUAUAAAAAAUAAUUUGACAAUUAAGUUUAGUUAAAUGAGAUUUAUUGUCAGCCAAUAGUUUCAUGAAAACAACAAAAUCCAUUCAUAAAUUUAUCCAAUGAACAGAAUAAGAUCAAUAAACGAAGAUAAAUAAUCAUAGACGGAGCGUGUGUAAGGCUGGGCAAGGCUUACCCUUCCCCUGGAUGAAGGACUUGAGACUAGCGUGGAAUUUUCUCUCUCAAACCACUGACUGCGGCUGCUUCUGACUGCUUUUAGAGGGAAAAGCUGCCCAUAACCUGCUGGUCUAGGAUCAGUUCUCUCUGUAAAUAAUAGCAUAUUGGCGAUUUGACAAACAAUCCGGUGCAUAUCUGUGUUUGCACUCUGGAGAGUGUCGAAGGUUUCCAUUUUCAAUGUGUUUUUACAUCGUUGAGUAAUGUAGUCAAUCACAGAAAUAUCUGUUGAUUUCUUGAACGUAAUGGCCAAUCAGAGGUGUUUAAUUUAGAAUACACUAACCACUCAAAACGCCGGAGUUUUUGUUCAGUGCUGAGUUCUGCAUGCUCGCGAAUCCUCUCACUGAAAAAGUGUAGACUCGAUGUAAUUGAGAUUCAUUGAUUAUAAUGGAACUUGGUGAGAUGAGUGACAGCUGUUUAGUGAUUAUAAAGGGACAGCUCUUUGCUCGCUUUCUAGGCAAUAUAUAAUCAAUUCAGAAUUUGAUUAAAUUUUUUUUUUUUUUUUUUUCAUUCUUGACCAGCAGCCACAUACACACUGCAAAGUUUCAGGAGUGACAUCGGCUAAAUUCAUGAAUUUGAGCGAUUAUUAUUGUCCUGUAUAUGUGAUUUUUUUUCUUCCUUUCCCACCAAAAAAUUAUUUUGUCUCAUUUGAUUGAGUGGACCAGCCAUCAGUCUGAGUGGGCCAGUGCCACCCUGGCCCUGGUGUAGCCUCGCCACUGCCAUGUAGGAUCUUUUUUUAAUUUGAAAGAGAAAGUAAUAUAAUGUUUUAUUCUACCAGAAAGUGGCCCUGAAUUUAUAAUAUGUAAAUGUAUUCUUUAACUUUUACAAAAGUACACCACACAGCAAAGUGUUCUGUAUAUUCAUAAUUAAAGUGAACAUUAAUUACUUAGGAAAUGUCAAUCUGAUAAAAUUCUACGCUUUUAUACUGUUUUAUGAAAUGCCAGUGUUAAUUUUUUUUACUUGAUUAAUCGGUUUCUUAAACAGAACCCUUUUUGGGUCAGAUUUAAAAAAAACAAUGUAUUAAAAAAUGUACAUUUAAUUAAUGAAGAGAAUCCUAAUCUAUCUCAGAUGUAGCAGCUAUACAGUACAACACAAAAAUGGAUCUAAAUAUUUUUUUUUUUUUUUUAAAUUAUGGUGAUGCAUAAAUGUAGAGAAAAAUAGCAAAAACUAAAGCAAUGAAUGUAAUAUUGAUUUGAAUAAAUUGUUAUAUUGAUUUGA